AUGGACGCUGCCGCAACGCCGACCGCCCGCAUCAACAAGUUUCAAGGGACCAACUAUUACACAUGGAAGUUCAAGAUGCAGAUGGUCCUGGAAGAGCGCGACCUGUGUGAGGUCACAUGUGGAGAAGUCAAGCUGGAUCACUGCACCAACGUGAUGGCUCAAUCGACGUUCAAGAGAAAGUUACGCAAGGCGCUGGCGAUCAUCUGUCUCGCGAUGGAAGAUUCGCAACUGCCGCUGGUCCGUUCAGCGAUUGGAGCGUACGAUGCAUGGUCAGUACAAGAAGGGCAUUACGAGAAGAAGAGUCUGGCGAACAAGCUCUUUCUUCGUCGACGCUUCUUCACAACGAUGAUGGAUGAAGGUGAUGAUGUGCUGGAGCACAUCAACAUGCUCAAGACUGUGGCGGAGCAGCUCGAUGCGGUUGGCGCUCCGGUCAGCGAGGACGACUUGGUGAUCACGCUUAUUGGUAGUCUAAGAGAGUCGUACCAGUUUCUGAUCACGGCGUUAGAGUCUCGUGCUGACUCGCUAACAUUGGAUUUAGUGACGUCUCGUCUGAUGCAUGAAGACAUGAAGAGCAAGGAACAAGGUGGCGGCGUCGACGGAUCCGCGCACGUGAGUAUCCGCGAGAAUGCGGAACGGCAGAGGUCGCAAAGAGCAAGCGUCGCGCAGGUUGAUGAAGACUCUGGCGUCUUUCUGUUUUCCGUUGACGGAGAUAACAUCAAGCUGAGUGAAGAGUGGCUGGUCGACUCAGGUGCGACUCAGCACAUGACAUACUCAACAGAGUACGUGAAGAACUACCAGAAGAUCUCGCCAGUGGAUGUGCGUUUGGCGGACGAUCGCGUAAUACAAGCAGUGGGAAAGGGAGACAUCAUCAUGUCAAUGAGGACAAAACACGGCGUCAAGAAAUUUGUGCUUACUGGUGUGUGA